AUGAAUCAAAUUUUUUUAUCUGCACAAAACGGAAAAAGUAAAUUUUGCUUGCAAGAACUUUGUAAUUUGUGUUGGAAAGUUUAUAUUAUUUAUAUUAAAUUAAAAAAUAAAAGUAAUAUAUAUCUAUAAUUUAAAAAGCAAAUAUAAAUAUUGUGAACAAAAAUUUCUAUAAUCUCAUGUUAUAAUAUUAUAUGUUGUGCUGUAAGAAAACAGGAUGUCUUUCCCAAGUAAAGAAGAUCGUAUAAGAUGUUGGUCUCACAGGGAUGAAUACUGGAAAUGUCUUGAUGAUGGUAAAACAGAAGUAGAAUGUAAAAAAUUUAGAGAACAGUAUGAAAAGUUUUGUCCUGCAUUAUGGGUAAAACACUUUGAUCGUAAACGAGAGUACUUGAAAUUCAAAGAGCAGCUAGAACAAGGGGGGACAUGCGGCCUUGAUGGAGACAAAACAAACAAGUCAGAUGCAACAGCACAUACCUCAAAAGCAGUUUUUAAUUUUCAAACAACAAAUACAAACACGUAUGAUUAGGGAAUAAAAAUAUAUAUAAUAUAUAUAAUUAUUAAAUUGAAUCUUCUGUUACUAAAUUGCAAUAGCGAAAUGUGUACAAAAAAUAUGGAAUUGAAUCAUGUAAUCAAAGAAUUGCAAACACAUA